AUGUCAUCACAUUUUUUGCCACCAUCACUGACUUCUGGAGAUAAAGUAAACGAUGACUCAAUCAAAAAGACCAGUCCGUAUAGGAUCUUUUUCAAAGAUCUCUUUCUUUUCAAAGAAAAUGAAAUGGCAGAAAAGAAAAAGGAAAAAUUUAUGAACCGCAACAUGAAAGUCUAUGAAAAGUCUACUUUUUCAUCCCGGAUGAAGAGUCGUUCACACUUGGGCCAAAUAACAUCCUACUCUGACAGAGCUGGUGGCUCAUUUGAAAAAUUUGGGCUAGAUCCCACUCUUAUUCUCAGAUUAACAGAAGGUGCAGACACAAAAAGGACUGUCCGUGAAUUUAUUAAUGACCAGAGAAACAGGUUUCUGCUUGAGUAUGCUCUGUUAACCAAAAGAAAUACAAUUAAAAGAUUUGAAGAACACAUAGCAACGAAGGAAAGGCAACUCAUAAAAGCAGAAAACAAGCUUCAAGAAGACGCAAUGGCCUUUGAAGAGUUCCUUCGAGAAAAUGACCAGAGAUCUGUAGAUGCUCUUAAAAUUGCAGCACAAGAAACUAUAAACAAACUCCAAGUGACAGCAGAGCUAAAGAAAGCAAAUAUGGAGAUACAAGCAGUGAAAAGUGAAAUAGCAAAAACAGAAUUCCUCCUUAGAGAGUACAUGAAAUAUGGAUUUUUUCUGCUGAAAUUGUCUCCAAAACAUUGGCAAAUCCAGCAAACACUGAAAAGGAUGCAGGUGACAAAGAGUAAAGAAAAUAUGAAUGUCACUCUUCCAAAAAUAUUAAAACUAAAUACAAGGAAAAAAGAGGGCAGUAUUGAGGAGCCCAGGAAGAUAUCAUUUUCAGAAGACUAUCCUCUGGGAAGAGGUAGCCAAGGAAAACUAAACAAGAAGUCCUCUCUCAUCCUAGAGAAUAAGAAAUCUUCCUUAUCAAACCGAGCUGAAAGUAUCAGUUCAGAAGACAGUUUGGAAUUCUUUUUAGAUGAUGAUAUAGACUAUGACCUGGAGCCAGAGCUUUAUUUCAAAGAACCAGAAGAGCUACUUCAAGUCUUCACAGAGCUAGAAGAGCAGAAUCUUACUUUGGUACAAUAUUCCCAAGACGUAGAUGAAAAUCUUGAAGACGUAAAUAAAAGAGAAAAACUCAUACAGGAUAAAAUAAAUAGCAACAUAGAGUUUCUUUUGGAGCAGAAGGAAAUGCUGAAGGCUAACUGUGUGAGAGAAGAGGAAAAGGCAGCAGAACUGGAAUUAAGGUCCCGGCUAUUUAGUUACGGAGAAUUCAAUUCAGAUGCUCAGAAGCAGGCAUGGGGGCAGGAUGCUACCUGGAAAGCGAUUUACUUUGCCCAGCAGUUUAUUGAGAUUCUCUUAGCUGCGAAUGCCGGGUACACAAUGGAGAGAGAGGAUGCGAAGUUUCUUAUGGUCCCAACACACGUUACCUACAAGCUCGAGCAUCUCUACCAUCAGUUAAAACGGAGCAGUGGCCAGGAAAAACUGAUAGACUCUCUUAGUAAAAAAAUUGAUCAAGUAUACAAAGUCUGCAUCGGAGAUGGUGAGGUUGGCAGCCUUAACCCAGUUCAAAAACUGGUAAAAGUAGAGUCUCGCCUGGUGGAAUUGAGUGAUCUCAUUGAAUCCAUUCCCAAAGAAAAUGUGGAGGCAAUUGAGAGGAUAAAACAGAAAGAACGGCGGCUAAAGUUGCGAGAAGAGAAAAUUAAAGAAAAACAAAAACACCAGGAGGAAAGGCUAAAAGCUGCUCUGGAAAGAGCAGUAGCACAACCAAAGAAAAAGCUGGGGAGACGACUUGUCUAUCGCUCAAAACCUCCAUCUGGUAAUAAACAUGAACUACAUUUAGUCAAGGAUACAAGAACAAAACCACUAGAGGAAGAAUAUUUUUUCACUUGAAUAUUUUCAUUUAUUACCAGAAUGUUUUAGGCGUAUUUUAUAGAUUCUGGUUUUCAGUAAUGGCAAUA